AUGGAUCGAAAAGAUUCGGCGAAUCUCUCUUCGUCGAGUGAAGAAAAUCAUGGUGAAGCUCUUCUCGUUGAACCGGAGCAAUCAAUCGAUGAAAUGCUUUUCGCGGACCCAGCACUUGAACCAACGGAAUUUGAGAAGCAACAAGCCGAGGAUCCGUUUCUUCGACCGAUCGCCGACGAGCAACAACAGUUUUAUUCAGACGAUGACACGGGUCGUGCCGUCACAAACCUCAUCAUCUUCUCCCUUCUAAUGUUCACAACGCCAUUCAUCGUCAUGUAUUUGACGUAUCAAUUCCUCUUCAUCGAUCACUUUCAUUUGAGCUCCGAAACGGCGAUUCUUUAUUCGGCUCUUUGUGCGAUCGUUUCUGUUUUAACGAUCGUUAUUUGGUUUGUGAAAACGGCAUAUAAUGAAGAGGUUGAAGCAAAGAAAAUAUUGGAUGCUGGACAGAAGAAAAGCGAU